AUGGACGUCGCAUACCAGAAAGCACUCCAACAACUUGCUUUACGUGCUGUCCCUAAGGUUUGUCGAAUUUCAACACAUCUUUUCAUGUUUCUUAAGUAUUGUAAACUGAUAUCCGGCGAGACAGGAAUGAAAGUGAAUAGUAAAGGUUGGGGGCGAGCUUUACGAGAUACCAUCUCAAACUGGUAUCUCAGUCAAGAUCCGGAGCGGCUAGUAAUGCAAGUUACAAAGUACUGUAGUCUUGAAGGAUACACUCAUCGAGAUGUAUUCCGGCUUAGCCAUAUUCAUCCGGAAUGGACAAUGCCCCGUGAUCAUCAGUACUGGAAAUAUCAUAAGGAAUACGAUGCUAUAUUUAAAUAUAUUGCGAAAGACAGUAUGAACAUGCGCAAAGGUGAAGAGAUGUUAGCUAAAUCGAAGGUGAAACAAUGUAAAUCAGAUGAUAAGAUAGUGACAGUUAGAAGUGAACAACGAACCAACGAAAUGGAAGAGGAAACGAAGAUUGUGGGAAAGCGGAGGCUGAUAAAAGUAGAUGAGGCGGCUUUGGUUGAAAAUGAAAAAAUGACGAGUAAAGAAGCGUCUAUUGGAGAAACAUUGGAGGUUUUGCAAUUCCUGAAGGAUUUUGAACGGUUACAAGAGCUAACAUUGGAUGAUGCUGAUGAAGCAGUUCAACUGAUCAAUAAACAUGAUUUUGUAUAUGAACAUAUCCCAAACGAUCUACUUAGUAGUAAAAAAAUAUGGGAAGCUCUACUGAUAAGAAUGCCACUAACAGUCAUGAUGAAAAAUUUAGGUGCAAUGACAGCUGGUGACCUUUUGGGGUCAAAAAAACAGCAUCGUGUAUACAAUCAAAUGGUUGUGGACAAACUAAUGGAUGAGAAAGAGUUGAAGGAAGCAGAAAUUCAUCCAAUUAGUAUUCUUCUAACAUAUGCGACAUAUUCCAUAGGAGGACAUGAAUGGGAAGGAAAGAUGAAAUGGGAACCAAAUGAAGAUAUUGUAAAUGCUCUUGAGAAAGCUUUUUAUGCAUCUUUUCAAUACCUUACACCUACAAAUAAACGAUAUUGUUUAUCGUUCAAUGUGUCAGGUAGUAUGAAUUCUCUAGUAUCUAAGACCAUGUUGUCAUGUAGCCAGGCGGCUUCAGCCUAUGCAAUGACUUUUGUCCGGACUGAAUCAAGUGUGACAACGACAGCAUUCUCGGAUCGUUUGACACCUUUUAAAUUCGAUUGUAAGAUGAAUUUGGACGAAGUUGUUGAAUUAAUGAAACGGAUCCCUGUGGGUGUGAUAGAUUGUGCUUUACCGAUGAUUUGGGCCAAACAAGAAAGACUGCCAUUCGAUGUUUUCAUCAUUUAUACAAGCGACGAGACUUGUUAUGAUUAUGAACAGCCGUUCGUAGCAUUGCAGGAGUAUCGCACCGCGAUGAAUAUACCCGACGCAAAAUUAAUCGUAAUGAGUAUGAUUGAAACGGAGUUAAACAAAACCGAUUCAGUUGAUCCAAAUAUAUUGAAUAUAUGUGGAUUGGAGUCCUCUGUACCUGAUCUUAUCAGGGAAUUUGUUUCGGGUACUCUUUCUUCCUGA